AUAAAACAAAACACCACAUCUUCAGACCAAGGCAAAACGAUACAAAGGUGAUGCCGUCUAAUUAAGCUGAACUGGCGCGCUCUUUCGUAGCCACUGCUUGUUCGCAGGCGUGAUGUGUUCAGGGCCCGCCUGCGACUCCGACGUGUCACCCACGUACUGAGGAUCUCUGGGAAACCGAGUCCACGCUCUAAAUAAUUCAACCCCCAUUCCCUUCCUCCUCCACUGCUAACAAGAUGCCGGCCGUUCAUCACAAGCUGCUGCUGGAGGACGCCUUGCAGGACAGUCCUCAGACUCGCUCCCUGCUAAGUGUGUUUGAGGAAGAUGCUGGGACACUUACUGACUACACCAACCAGCUGCUGCAGUCGAUGCAGAGGGUGUUCGGGGCUCAGAGCGAGAUGGGACUGGCCACAGAGCAGCUCUCCCAGCAACUUCUGGAAUAUGAGAAGAAAAAUUUUGCCCUUGGAAAAGGUGAUGAGGAGGUAAUCACCACGCUGCAGCACUUCGCCAAGACUGUGGGGGAGCUGAACUCCAUCCACUCUGAACUAGCAAACCAGAUGGCUGACAGCAUGGUUUUCCCCUUGAUCCAAUUCCGUGAGAAGGACCUCACAGAGAUCAGCACGCUGAGGGAGAUAUUUGGCAUCGCCAGUGAUGAGCAUGAGGCAGCUAUGGUCAAGUACAGCCGACUGCCCAAAAAGAAGGAGAAUGAAAAGCUGAAGGCAGACUUGGUGAAAGAGGUGGCAUACUCCAGGAGGAAGCAGCACCAGGCCUCGAUGCAGUACUACUGCGCCCUCAAUGCCCUGCAGUACCGCAAGAGAGUGGCUAUGCUCGAGCCUAUGCUGGGCUACACACAGGCACAGGUCAGCUUCUUCAAAAAAGGCAUGGAACUAGUGUCAAAGAAGAUGGAAAGCUUUCUGUCCUCGGUGUCCAAUAUGACGCAAAAUAUCCAAGCCCAGUUGGACACUGAAGCUGAAGCGAUGCGUCUGUCUCAGAGGGAGCUUCUGUCUGUGGAGGACACUGUCUACAUGCCAGAUAAAGACACUGAGCCUGUCAACCGCACACUUAUCCAGAAGGCUGGCUACCUCAACAUCAGGAAUAAAACAGGCCUAGUGACCACAGCCUGGGACCGACUUUACUUCUUCACCCAGGGAGGAAACCUCAUGUGCCAGCCGCGGGGGGCGGUGGCAGGGGGCAUGGUGCUAGACCUGGACAACAGCUCUGUCAUGGCCGUGGAGUGUGAGGACCGACGCUACUGUUUUCAGAUAACUUCCCCUACAGGCAAAACGUCAAUGAUUUUACAAGCCGAGAGUAAAAAGGAAUAUGAGGAGUGGAUUUGCACUGUGAACAACAUCUCCAGACAAAUCUACCUGACUGACAACCCAGAGGCUGUGGCCAUUCGGCUGAACCAAACAGCCAUCCAGGCAGUCACCCCCAUCACCAGCUUUGAGAAGAGAGGGGAAGGCUCACCCAACCCUGACAGGGCAAAGCCAGGAGGUGUGGAGCUCGCCGGCGGUUGUUCUCAGAAGACGGGGGCUGCUCCAGAACCAGAGGACCUGAUCGCCCCUGGGACGCCCAUUCAGUUUGACAUCAUGCUGCCAGCCUCCGAGUUCCAGGACCAGAACAGGGGCGGUGGGAGGCGUACAAAUCCAUUUGGAGAGACGGAUGAUGACUGUUCUUCAGAAAGUGACGACUCCCUCCUGCAGCAGGUAUUUGCUGUGCGGUUCCUGGGCUCCAUGGCGGUGCGCUGCGGUAACAAUCAGGAAGUGAUAUAUGAAGCCAUGAGGCAGGUGCUGGCAGCCCGAGCCAUCCACAACAUCUUCAGGACCACCGAGUCCCACCUCAUGGUCACCAGCAGUUGUCUCAGAUUGAUUGACCCUCAGACUCAAGUUACAAGAACAAGUUUCCAGCUCGGAGAGGUGUGUCAGUUUGCGGCCCACCAGGAGAAUGGGAGGCUGAUGGGCUUUGUGGUGGAGGGCAGGGAUUGGUGCGACGGAGACGAGGAGGGAGAGCCCUCGUUCAGCGCUUUUGUCUUUGAGAGCAACACGGAGGGUGAAAAGAUAUGUUACACCAUAAGCUUGGCGAAGGAUAUAGUAGAAGCCAAGAAGGACCCUGAGGCCUUGGCCCAGCUUAUGAAGUCCAUGCCUCUAACCAAUGAUGGCAAAUUCCUGCUGUUGGAGCCUGACGUGGAUGACACAGCCAAUGGAGCAGGACAAGAAGACCUGGAGUCGGAGGCCUAGCCCCAGUCUGGACCUCCGCUGCAACCAAGACAAGGGCCAGGGGCUGAUUUCCACCCAGGAGAGCAUCCUUUCCCUGGGUGAAUGUCUUACCACAACCCCUAGCCCUCUCUCUGGUACUGUACCGCCCAAAUUAGAGCAUGGUUCACUUCCAUUUACCCGGUAUUACUAGAUCCUGUUCUCUCUUGCUGUCAUGUAGGAGGGUGGUAUCAGCAGGGGGUUACAUGGACCUAGAUUACCUUGACCAAAAAGCACUUAUAAUGGGCAUUCCAUAAUGAGAUCUGCUUUUGCGAGGUCAGAUUUCAGUGUCUUUGGAUUUGGUCUUUUUUUUUUCUACACCAGUGGGGUUGGUACUUACAACAAAGGGACACUAUAUAGGUAUUGAUCGUGUUUCAUUCUCAUUUUCUCUGGUGGUACUAAUAUCCCCAACCAUCUCUGGACUUAGACUAGAGGGUACUGAAUCCUUCGCUUCAAGUUAGGUUUACCCUCAUCUUAGGUUUACAAAGUUUGAAGUAUUUUUGGAGAGUUGACCUCGUCUGACUCAUAGGGGGUUUCCGGCAACUACUUUUAUUUCUUCAUUAUUCCAGUAGGACAAUGUUAUUGCACUUCCAAGCUCUCUAGCUAUUUAAUGACUAAGCUUGAUGGUUGUAGAAUGCACUAACUCGUACAGAGACAUCUGAAAGAUUUGAAUGUCUAUGAAGGACAGAGAGAAAAAAGACUCAAAUGCUCACUCCUUGGUGUUUGCAGGGCGCUGACUGUCACACAGCUUGUCAGUAAACCUUACGAGUGUGUCUUCAGGCAGUGGGCACAAUUAGUAUGAGCGAUUAGCAAGUAGGAACUUCUUUGCUUGUUUUGUGUGAAAGGAAAAUUCGAAAUGGAUUUUUUUCUGCAGUCUUACUAUGCUAUGAGGUUACAGAGAUAUCUUGUACUACCUUAAGCAUUCCCGCUAUGCUGAAUUAAUUUCACUUUUGCAUUAUUCCUUACUACCUAUACAAACGAGUCUUUAGAUCAUCUUUAUACACCAGUUAGUCCUUGAACACUCUGAAUAUGCUCUAAUACUGUCAAAGUACUUUGCGCUCCAUUUACCGAAAGUCUAUGUAAAUAUUAUCUGUUCCAGUGUCUAUAUGAUGUUUAAUCAGAGUUGACUGCAUUAAAAAUCUUCAAAAAUCAAUACUCUAGGAGUGAUGCGGUGCAUGAUUAAUGAUGUGCUCUGAGUUCUCUCUCAUUCCCUUUGCAGUAGAUUAGCAUCUCUGCACUGAGCACUGAACUGUAAUACUGAAAAAAAAAAUCCCCCGAAUUGUUACAAUAACGCAUGUUGGCAGACCACAAUGGGGGAUUAUGUUCUCAUUGAAAAGCAAUACGCUCUUCGCUCACCCAUACGAAUGCUAAUCAAAACAGAAGUAUAAGAAGUGAAAGGAAAACCAUUGAUCUGUGAAAUCCCCUCCCCUUCCCACUGAAUCCCAAUGCGCUUUCAUUCCAUUUCAGCCCAUUUGAGCUGCAGUGCUAAUCUUGAUGGACACGAGAAGCCCAUGACGCACUUUGUGAAUGUUACAUGUUCUGUACUGUGUACUACAGAGGUCAAAGCCACUGACUUGACGUUGAUCGUGAAGUUGCAUUGUGUUGACCCGUGCUUUCGCUUGCCUGCUUGCUUUGUCCACUCUACAUCAGUGCUUUACAAGCUCUUUUGAGAGAGAAAUUCAUGUUCAAGUACAACAAUGUGUGCAUCUUUCAUGUGGGACUGCCAACUCCACCGUUAUAAGUAUUAGUGGUUUUAGUAAGGAAUGAUUCUUGAUCACACUAUAUUGAAUGAAGUGAAUUUAAACGGUCAAACAUCUUCUUCCUGUUGCCUGAUGUAAAUGAGUUUUUAGUCUGUCAUAUUGGCAGGCCUUCUGAUGCUAUAAAUAGAAACUUCAUUUGUUUUAUCCAUCCAUUGGAUUUGUUCCUUCCUUUCUCAAGGGCUAGUUCAGCACACCUUCAAUAAAACUCGAGGAACACAAAUACCAGCUUGUGCAGUGCAUCAACCUAGAAAGAAAGCUGUUUUUUUUGGCUUGAUGCUCUCCACAAGCUAUUGCAUGUCUCCAGUGACUGAUGGUUCAGUUGGUAAGAGAGUUUGUCCACCUUCACUACAGCCACAGCUAUCUUAACAGUCGUGCUGCAUAGACCUGAGAUAUUUCUGCUUUGUACGUGUAAUGCACAGUCAUGAAAAAUCUGGGUACUCGCAGUCUAUAAAAUGAAAGCAAGUAAUAUGGAAAGGACUGCAUUUCUCCCUUCCUCUUCUCUGAAUUGUUUUGUAAAUGACUUGAGUAGACAGUGUCCACUACCCAUAAGGCUUUACACUAAGUUUGUCCUAGUUUUCUAACAAAAAUGUUAACAUGCAAUCUUUAAUAAAUAUAAGUAACUUUUUCUUA